GGAAGUCAGGACGCGGGGCCGGAAGCUGUAGGAGAGGCGGCACCGACCUCGGCGGGACGGGUGGACGGCUGUUGAGGCCGUUGAGGCUGUGGCUCUGCGCCCCUCGUUCCGGAUGGAGGCGGGGCCUGGUCCCGGACCCAGGCUCUGCUGCAAGCCUGGCGGACGGCUGGACAUGAACCACGGCUUCGUGCACCAUAUCCGACGGAACCAGAUCGCCCGGGACAACUACGACAAGAAGGUGAAGCAGGCGGCCAAGGAGAAGGUGAGGAGACGGCACACGCCCGCGCCGACGCGGCCCCGUAAGCCAGACCUGCAAGUGUACCUGCCGCGACACCGAGAUGGCUCUACCCACCCAAGCAACCCAGACUAUGAAGAGUCCGCUGAAAGCAGCAGUAGUGGUGGUUCCGAACUGGAGCCUUCUAGCCAUCAGCUCUUCUGCUUAGAAUACGAGGCAGACAGUGGAGAGGUCACAUCAGUUAUCGUGUAUCAGGACGAUGACCCAGGAAGGGUGAGUGAGGAGGUGUCAGCACACACGCCUCUGGAGCCACCCAUGCGAGAGGCCCUCAAGUUGCGUAUCCAGGAGGAGAUUGCAAAGCGCCAGAGCCAACACUGACCAGAUUGAAGGCAUUCUCUCCAGGCUGGAUUCACUGCGCUUAGAAGAAUUCUGCCCAGGGAGCACACUCCUAGUCUGGGGGUACCAGGACCAGUUUGUUUGAUCUUGAGACCCCCUGCUGCAUCCACAAGGGUGUUAUAGGACUACACCUGGCCCACCUUGCAGCCAUUCUUUCUGAUAUGUUGGCCCAUUGGCCCAGCCUAAUAUCCUGGAAUUUUUUGAGAAUUUUGUUUGGCUAACUUGGUGAUCUGGGAACAGAGACUCCAGGGAGAGCCAGGGUUUCUGAAACCUCAUGCCAACAUGGUGCUUUCUCCCUGAGCGCAUAUACUUGGCUGCUGCUGUUCCAGCUGCUUGAACCAUAUUUGUUAUUUUAUGGUUCUUUUCGUUUGUGCUUCUGCUCAUUUCCACCCAUGUUUUCCUAGACCUUUUUUCCUUCUCUUUUUCUUUGGUUUUCCUUUCCCUCAUCUUUUUGUCUCAGGAAGAAUCCAUCCCUCUCUACUCCUCUCCCCUUAACAUGACUGUGUACCUCCAGCUGCUCAGGACCUUGGAGGUGAUGGGGGUUCUGGGGAUUUACUUUUCUAACAAGCUUUCCAAGUAAUUCUGAUACCAAUAAAAUGGGAGACCUUGGUUUUCAAGGCCUACUUGCAA